AUGAUAUUUUCUCUGAAGCCAUUGAAUAUUCUUCUACUUCUUGCUGCCUCGGCAUCCGCAUUCACUCCAACAGCAGGUACUGUUGAAAAACAAACACAGUCGUCCUCCACCAGCCUCUUGGCGUUUGACUCCGAACUGGGAGCCCAAGCACCACUAGGGUUCUUCGAUCCCUUGGGACUCUUGGAAGAUGCCGACGCCGAGCGUUUUGAACGUUUGCGUUAUGUGGAAUUGAAGCAUGGACGCAUUAGCAUGUUGGCUGUUUUGGGACACAUGUUUACGACUGGUGGACUUCGUCUCCCAGGAGAUAUUGACUAUCAUGGAACUUCCUUUGCUUCCAUUCCUUCUGGAAUUGCCGGUCUCUCCAAGAUUCCAGGAGCCGGUUUGGCUCAAAUCUUUGCCUUUGUAGGUUUCUUGGAAUUGGUGGUCAUGAAGGAUGUCACUGGUGAAGCCGAAUUUCCUGGUGACUUUCGCAACGGGGCUCUUGAUUUUGGAUGGGAUGUCUUUUCGGUAGACGAACAAAAUCGCAAGCGAGCCAUUGAAUUGAACAAUGGUAGAGCCGCCAUGAUGGGAAUCUUGGGUUUGAUGGUCCAUGAAAUGCUCGACAACAACCCAUAUGUCAUUAACUCACUGGUUGGAGCACCCAUUGACUUUAACGCUGGUCUGUAA